AUGGGAUCUAACUCCAAGCUUGCGUACAAGCCGCUGCGCAACGAUGAGAUAAGACUCGUCAAAAUCCAGCCCGGCGAAGUACACCAGGCACUGCAUUGCAGCCUUGAACACGCCUCUCUCGGAACCAAGCCUCGCUUCACGGCUUUAUCUUACGUGUGGGGCGACCCCAACAAGGUCAUAACCAUCUAUAUUAACGGCGAAGCGUUCGACAUCACCACAAACUUGCACGCCUGUCUGCGCCACCUGCAGCAGCUAAUGGCCAGGCAGCCAAAAGAGCAAGGGGAGGCAGUUUUGAUGUGGGUUGAUGCCAUCUGCAUCAACCAGAACGACAAUGCCGAGAAGUCACAGGCGAUUCCGAGGAUGCGAGAUAUCUAUUCUGCAGCCGAAGAGGUCAUCGGGUGGCUGGGGGAAAACGACAAAUACGAAGAUCCAAAGUUGGAUCUGCUCUUCGAGAUGGCCAAGCUCUUUAACAAGAUGCUGCGACAACGGAACAUCUCCUGGGCAACCCUCAUUUCCGACACCGACGAAUCGCCUCUCUGCCGCCGCGACAUGUUCAAGAAGAUGGCCGAGCAGAUCCCGAAUACAUCCAGCCCCGACGACGCAGCCGGCUUGCUCACUCUGAUUCUCUGGCGCCUGUUCCAGAGGCCCUGGUUUGAGCGGGCCUGGAUUAUUCAGGAGGCCAUUCUCGCGGACAACCGCCUUGUAAUGAUGGCUGGUGCGCACUGGGUGCCGGCCGUUGUCCUCUCACACUUCAUCAGGGCGUGGGAAUCCUCUGCGAGGCUCACCGAUCACAGCGAGGUUUUUGCCUCGCUUCAGAGGACCUAUAAGCUCCCGUUGGCCAUUGUCGACUACCAGAAACAAGAGCCGCCUCGGGAUCUCGCGACAUUCGCAAGGAAUCUGCAGCGUCUGAUCGGCAACACUUUCAGCUACAAGAGCAGCUUGCCAGUGGAUCUCGUCUAUGCUCGGCUCGGUCUCCUGAAUGGCUUUGCACUGCCGGAUGACCUGAAGCCGGAUUACAGCCAGCGCUACGCCGAUGUCUUUCAUAACUAUGCGAAGCUCUGUUUCGCUCACACAGGCAGUCUCUCACUGCUUGCGACAGAACGGCAUCAGUUGGAUGGAGUCCCUAGCUGGGUUCCAGAUUUGCGAUUCUUGCUCAACGCAGUGCGCGUCCAAGGGAGUACUUCCAACGUCAUCUCCAUCUCCCAAGACAGCAAGGUCCUGCGCGUCGAAGGGAAAAGAGUUGGCAACGUCGAGUUGAUCGCCCACAAGCAGGAUUGCUCUCCGGAGAGCCCCGAAAGCGUCCGGAAUGCCGUCAGAUCUUUUCAUAGCACUUUUAUCGCGGAUGCUGUCAAUCGAUGGGGGAUCUCACCGGAGAAAUUCGUGAGGGAGGACUUGAUGCCCGUCUGCUUAGACUCUCAAUGGAGCGAGGAUGAUGACCGGCAGAAAAACCUCAGUGAAUUCUACUGGUACCUCCUUCAAAACGAGAGACCGCUAGUAGCCGACGAGUCGCCAUUCACGCAGCACCUGUUCAAUUUCAAUCUGGCUCUCUGUAGUGGAAUUCUGAGUCGUCAGGACCUCGUUAUGCUAGACGAUGCUACUCCCGCAGUGAGCUUGCGCGUAGACGCAAGCUUGCAGUCAGGCGACGUCGUCUGCAUUGUGAAAAGCAUGCCUGGAGCGGCGAUGCUGCGACCUAGCGUUGAAGGCAAGCACGUCUUUCUCGGCGCUUGUGGCCUCGGCGGGAAGUGGUCAAAUUUGACGAUGGAUGAUGACAGCGUUGGGGGUCCGCUGGAGCUCUGGAACUUGGUCUAG